AUGGCAUGGCUGGAGCCUUUGGCCUCGCAUUUCCUGCGUGAGAUCCAGGCCGAUCUGGUAAAUGUUUCUGCAUGCUCGGUGGGUCUCAACAUGCACAAGUCUUGGCUUUUUGCAACCUGCUUUCGUCCUUUGCAGGCCCUCGCUUGCAUUUGUGAGCAUCCUCGUGGCAGCCAUGAGGAUAUCAGGGGCACAAGGGAUUCCUCAGGUGGCUUCCGUAGUCGUGCCUCUGCUGAGUAUCCUGACAUCUUGGCCCAGCGCUACGCACAGCAAGUAAAAAGCCUUUUUCAUCAGCUUCUGGGUCGUCUGCGUUACCUGUGUGACCUGCAAUCAUCAGAGGCGCUCUUUCAGCCUUCAGAGGUCAGUUCUCUCCGUGGCAUCUUCGAGCUCUGGCUUCAGUCGCUUCCUGGGCCCAGGCAAGUCUCUUGGUCUGCAGCCGAGGGGCAACCUUACUGCCUUGAGGCUUUGCAACUUGUCUCGGCCCUCACUUCAGACAGGGAUACCACCCUCUUCCCUUGCCUGCUGUCUGGAGUGCCGACUGGCUUUGACGCAGACAUACCUUUGUCCAAUGUGCUUGUGCUGGCCGACCCAGAGACUUUGAGAGCUCUGGUGGAGGAGGAGCUGGAAAAGGGCUGGCUUUUCGAGAUGGAUUCUUUGGCCUCGGCCCAAGCGCGCUUUGGCUCUAAACUUGCCAUUGGCAAGACGUCCAUAGUCAGCGCUCCUGGCAAAAAGCCACGCCUUGUCGUUGACUCGACAGUCUGCGGGACGAAUCCCUCCUGUCUCAUACCAGAGACAUUUGCUUUGCCUUCGGUGGAUGACGUGCGUGAGUGCUUUCCCUUGAGGAUGCACGCGGGCAAGUUGGCUGGCUUUGCUUUGGACGUCAAAUCGGCUCACAAAACUGUGCGAGUCCGUCCAGCCGAUCAGGGCCUCUUAGGCGUGACACUCCCAUCCGCCGAUGGCUCUGGCUCCAGGUACCUGUUCUACCAAGUCUGUCCCUUUGGCGCCAACUUUUCCGCAAUUUGGUUUCAGCGCCUUGGCAGUUUCUUCAUUAGAACUUUGCACCUUUGGAUUUGGCUGCGCCAUGCACUCUUGGCCUACGUGGAUGACUUCCUCUUGGUUCAGGACCAGGAUGUCAUAGCCCUCUCCUGCCUUGUCCUUGCCUGCUGCGCCAUGUUCGGCAUCCCCAUUUCACAUGCCAAAUUGCAACUUGGUAGGAGCAUAGUCUGGAUAGGCUGGCAUUUUGGCUUUGGUAGCGGCACGUUUUGCGUGCCACUGGACAAGGCCCUCAAGCUCAAGCGUUUGCUCCAGGAGGCUCUUGCUGGACGCCAUGUCCAUCGUAGGACCAUGGACAAGAUUCUGGGUUUGCUUCAGUGGCUUUGCAAGCUUUUCCGUUCCUUCAAACCCUGGCUUCAGCCUCUCUACGCAGAUGCCAACAGGCCACUGGCUACCAAUCACAGCAUUGCUCCAGGCGAUUGGCCAGGUUUGGCUUUGUUUCUCAGCGACAGUCUGGUCUUUGUCGCUAAUCCUCCUGGCACGGCCAUCGCCCCAGGGAGUCGACUUCUAGAGCUCGCCAUAUGGCUUUGUCCAGCAAAAGAGAUUUAG